UUAGUAAAGCAUUUUAAUAAAAUCAACUAUUUCACAUGACGUCAUCAUUCCAUGUGCACAACUGAAUGCUUUUUGGGACGCCUGUCCGCGUGCACGAGGUAAACUUUUGAGUUUAUGAGGCACAUUUGAGGACAAAACGGCCAUCAUGACGAGUCUGUGGAUGGGAGAUCUUGAGCCAUACAUGGAUGAGCCGUUCAUCAUGAAUGCCUUUGCCUCCAUGGGUGAGCCCAUCAUCUCUGUCAAGCUGAUCAAGAACAGACAAACAGGAGGGCCAGCAGGAUUCUGCUUUGUUGAUUUCGGCGACCAACAGUUGGCAGAACGUGCUCUGACUAGACUGAGUGGGAAACAGCUACCUGGUAGUUACACGCCCAAACGUUUCAAGCUGAACUACGCAAGUUACGGACGGGAGAAUGUUGUCACGCCCGAGUACUCCAUCUUUGUAGGUGACCUGACCCCAGAGAUCGAUGAUGGUUCCCUGCAGGAGUUCUUUGGCAGGAGAUACUCCAGCUGCAAAGCUGCCAAGGUGGUACUGGAUGCAGCUGGCAACUCAAGAGGCUAUGGGUUUGUGCGGUUCACAGAUGAGAAUGAGCAGAAGAGAGCCCUGACUGAGAUGCAGGGUGCGGUGGGGCUGGGGGGAAAGGCCCUCAGAGUCAGCCCUGCCACGCCCAGGAAUCGUGACAAGACUCAGCAGCAGCAGCAGCAGCAGCAUGGUGCAGGAGGACAGUAUGACCAGUACAGCCAGUACUACCAACAGUACCAGAACUACUGGAACCAGUACUACCCACAGUCAUCACAGUACUACAACUAUAACCAGUAUGGGACGUCAUCAUACUCACCAAAUUCACAGACACAGAACCAAGGCUAUGAGAACACCCCUACAAACAAUCAGUCAGAGUCCAGCGUAGAAGCAAAGAGCCCCAGUGACCCUUCUUCUGAUUUACAAGACCCCAACCCACCACUUAAUAUAGAGGAGAUGAACAAGGAGUUUAUGCAUAGAAGUGAGGAGCUGUAUGAAGCCAUGGAGGCAUCACGGUGGCAGCCCCUGGACAGUGUCACAUCACCCAUUCCUGUGUAAAAGCACUGAUGAGCAUUUCUUUCUUCUUAGUUUUUAAACCUGACUAUCCCAAUCCAGAAAAAUGUUUAGGUUGUUGUGAAGUUAAAAGGCUGUACUGAAACAGAGCUAAGCUAAAUCAUGAGUAACUACACAUGUAUCUAGUGUGUUUUGGCAUAAUUUAAGGUAUGACUCACUUUAGUUUAUCAAAUAUUUCAUUUCCCCAUGUUUCAGUACAGAGCAUGAGUAUUGUACCUUUCUUAGUGUAUGUACAUUAUCAUGUUGGUUUCAGACCAGGUUGAAAACCUUUAUUGAAGUGUGACACAAUCAUGAAUGUAGUGUAAAGCAUGACCCUUACACAUGUACAACUAGCCUUUUUUUAUUUAUUUCAUACAUUUGUACUGUCAAAAAAUACUUUGUCAUAAUUUGUUUAUUUUAAACGCCGAAGGGCGUUUUGGACAUACCAACUAUAUGGAGUAAGAAAUAACUUUUACGUUUUACAUUUCAAUAUUAAUGCACACCACAAAUGAGUCAGCAUGCUAAAGGUUUGUCAGUAUUACAUGAUUGAAGCCUCAUUAAAUGAUCAGAAGUGUGAAUGUACAAGUCAUACAGUCUGUCAGAGAGAUUGACUAUGAUUCUUAAGUACAACUGCAGUUGAGCAUAUCCAAUUGCUUAAAUUAGAAACAGUUAUUGACAGCAUAUUGUGACUAAGCUUUCCAUGCAGGCAAAAGAAUAUUGCGCUGACUAUAAGAUGUACCAUCUUUGUGAAAAUAAUUAUAUCUCACUUGGCAGGGCACUUGCAUCUACAGAAAGCAAAACAUUAGAAUUAACUGGACACAAACCUCAUGAUUGUUAAUAACAGUAUUGCAGCAGUGGUUCUUAUUUACAGCAUCAGAACUCUGAAGAUGGUGUGCUUAUGUGCAUGCACAUACUAGUAUAUGACUUAGCAUACACGGCUAUAUUAAACAGCAAUG